GAACCUUUGCCAGACGUGGAGAUGAACGACACUCAGGACGAGGAGGAUGACGAGGUUGAUGGUGCUGAUGCCCUUGGUUCACUAUUGCCCGGUGAUGUAGCCAAAUCUUCACCGCACAUGCAUGAUGAUCCAUUGCCAACAUCGAUUUUUGAUGAUGAGAUCCCUUGUUCCCAGCCCGAAAGCCCUGAAGUGAACAUGACUUUGGGAGAUGAGAAGAUGAUGACAAGCGAUGAAGGUGGAGUGAUUGACAAGCACGCCAUCGUCAUGAUCAGUGAUGAUGACACCACCCCCAAGAAAAGUGUGAUUUCCGAACCCAUGGACCCUGAAGCAGCUACCAUCGCAAGCUAUCAAGAGAAGCUCAAACAGCUCAAGGCUCAGCUAGCGCUCACAAAGAAGAAGAACUGUGCUGAGAGAGCCAGGAACUCCUUGGACCAGGCCCAGGAAGUGCCGAUUCCAGUCAUUGAGAGCUUGGGCUUUGGUGGGGACAACCAGGAGACCCUACAGCUAGCACCAGGUGAACUAGAUGACUUGGCCAAAGACUUUCAGAGCUUCCAGCUUGAUGGUGAGAAGAUGGAUGACAUUUCUCCUGUUCUGCGACGGGCUCAACUUGCACUCAAGUCAGCCGAUGAUGGAGAUGAUGGAAAAGGGGUUCCUGAUGAUAGCGCCCCUUCUGACCCCCCCGGCCUUGAGAACCCUGACAAGAGCAAAGGCCCUGAGAACCUUGACAUGGUGGGGGAAAGUGAAAAGGUGGUAGAGCCAGAGAAGGAGGACAAGCCACCUGCCAAACCUAACAGCAAAAAACGUCAGGCUGCUGGGGGACACAAGGUUGCAGGAGGAUCUGGGGGAAGCCAGCCAGAUGAAGUCAAACCCAAGAAAAGAAAGGCAAACCCGGAGAAUGCCGAACCUGCCCCCAAGAAGGCUGCAGCCAAAAAGAAAACUUGUGAGACCAGUGAUGCCGACCAGACCGCCAAAAAGGCAAAGACCCAACCUGCUACUUUUGCCCGCCGAGCCCAGCCAACUACCAGUUUUGGCAAAGCCAGGUGGCUUGCUCUCAGAGAUGUUUUCAAUAACCGGAUCCGUGCCUUCGUGAAGGCCCCCUCCAAGCAUGAGGAUAUCUUCUGGAAGUUUGCCGGCGACUGGUGGGCGAAGAAGCAGUAUGAGAUGGAUGAAUCCAACCUCCCAAUGUUGUCCAGCGAGGCAGCAACUGAGUACUUGGCGAAGCUUGAGCGUGAUGACAGCAUUGCUGAUCUGGGCCAUAGUCGCUAUGGGGGGUUGUUUUGUGCUAGAGCAACCACGACUUACCCACCACGCUUUGGACAACGCAUUGCCCGGCUCUACAAGCGCUUUUGCACUAAGCGGGUGGCCCUCCCUGAAGCUUCCAUUGCUGACCAGGAUACGCAACCGGCAACUCCAGAAGAGUUGAAACAGGCCCGUUCAAAAGCGAAAGCAAAACCGAAGCCAGCAGCUGCAAAGAGCAAGCCCAGAGCCAACAAGCGAAUGCAGGAGCAAAUGGACGUUUUGAUGGCUGGCGGGAAGGGUAAGAGUGCUAGUGCUUUUCAGACACCACCCCCAACUGUGAAUGGGCCAACUCCCAAGAGCAAGUCGAAGGAGACAGAGGUUCCAAAAGGGGCUAGUGGUGUCAAGGUUGACCUGAAGAAAAGACUUGACCCCAACGAAGUUGCACGCACCCAGGGCAAAGAUCCACCCGACUUGUUCGUCUCCCGGGUUACGAAGACCAUCACCAAGACCAACAAGUUGACUCGCAAGAAGAAGAGGGGUUGGUUCACAAAAGAGACCAUGAAUACCGUACUCAAGUGGAGCUCGACGUACAUCAAGAGUGUGGUGGCGUACUGCGAGAAACCUGGCAACGAGCGCUUGGUGAAGAAGGACCGCUACAACAAAAAGAUCCACAAAUACUAUGUGGUCUAUGGAGAGGAAGAUGAUGAGCUGAGUGAGGAUGAGGAGAAGAAUGAAACACGUGACCAUGAGGUGGGCGAAGAUGUGACCUUCAAAAGGUUGGGUGCAGUGACGGAGGGUUCAGAGUCUGAGGAAGACCUGGAUGAGGAUGAAAAGAAAGCUGAACAAAUCAACACGGCCAAGAAGGAGUAUCUGAAGUUCUGCACCUUCACAGCAAGCUUGCUUAAGAGAGGUGAGAAACUUGCUGACUUGAUCGGGAUGUUGGAGGCUGCAGUGGGGGACAAGGAACCCGAAAAAGCUCGUGUAGCGAAGUCGGUGUCCAACUUGGAAGCCGCCAUCUCCACUUUGGAGACUGAGUUUGAAGCCUGUGAAGUGGUCAAGGUUGAUACUUCGGCCUUGCAAUCGGGCAAAUGUGCCGAUGAGACGGUGUGCAGCAAGGUGACCACAGCUGAGUUGGCCGCAAAGACAAACACUGGUGAUGAAAGUGGCUACAUGGAGUACUUCUCCCGUGAUUUAAUUACCGGGGAUUCUGGGGAAGCAAGCGCCCGGGUGAAGGGUCCUGCCAGAUCGUCCAAGAUGGAUUUGGCUAAGCUUGCCGAUGACUUUGAUGCUUCAACCUUUGACUGGGAGACUGUACGGCCUUUUGGCCUCCUGAGCCAUUGCGUGCGGACUGGCGCCCCUUCCAAACACAUCGUCGAGCUGGCGCAGGCAGAGGUCCGAAACAACCCACGUGCCACUUUGGGAAUGAGAAAGUUAGCAGCUAUUCGCUUGAAAGAUGCUGAAAAAGGAGUCCACAAAUUGUUGAAAGAAGAAGGAUUUGAAUGUACAGUGCCAGUGGGCAAGUUCACAGUGAGACCAGGGUUCACCAUUCCGUACAUCUUGCUGUCUUCAUGGGUGAAGUACCUAUUAGAUUGUGGCCGACUUCCCAAACUUCUCGUUGGUGUACCUACAUUUGCAAAGAUGAGAUUGGUGUUGAAGGAGUGGUGGGCUAGAUUUCGUGUUUUGUAUCCUGACCAUGGGUACUUCGGUCAUGCUGAACGUCAUGGGAUUCCUUUUGAAAACCUUGUUCCCUUCUUCUCCCAUGCCGAUGAUGGGCGAAGCUACAAACACCUUGGCAUUUGGAUUCUUUCAAGUGCUGGUUGCAUUGGGAGGGGGACGAGGAUGCAUGUUGAUUCCAAUCGCCACAGGCUGCCAUUGCAUGAAAAUGCUAUGGGUGCAAAUUUCAUGGGAAAGACUUGGACGACCCAGUUUAUUUUCACCACGGUUCUCAAGACUGUUUACACACAGUAUCCGAAUAUCUUGGACGAAUUGACCAGCAUCUAUGCUGAAGAUGUGAAGAAGCUCUUGUUUGAGGGUGUGCUUGCAGCCAAUGGGCGGGAUCGUGUUUACUUAGCCCACAUGGGUUUCAAAGCUGAUUUGCCAAUGCUUCAAAAAAUGGGCGGGUUCCAUCGAUGUUGGUCUCAUGUCCCACGACAGUCCUCAUCUAGAAAACCCAGUGAAGGAUGUUGCCACCUGUGCCUUGGUGGAAGGGAAGGCAACCCAAGUUUUCCCUAUGAAGAUUUCCGACCAGAUGCUGCUUGGACGGCGACCAUCUACAUGGAAGUGCCAUGGGCUCCUGACUGUCCUCCAAAGAUUUUUGAGGGCUUGCCAUUGAGUCCUACUGACCAAAUGGAUUUCUUCAAGAGUGACUUUUGGCACAACUGGCAUUUAGGGAUGUCAAAACAUUUUUUAGCUUCUGCACUGGUGGCGAUCGUAGAAUCCGACUUGGAGAUCUUACCUAGAGGAUCUGUUGAAAAGCGGUUUGAGUUUUUGACGGAGAUGUAUGUGAAGUUCCAUCGUGAUCGGAAUGUUACACCAUUCUUGGCUGAAAUUUCUCGUGACAGCAUGUCAUUCCCUGCCAGCACAGCUGCACCAGCAGGUGCGACCAAGGCGAUCAACAUUGCGAUCACUUUCAUGUACCAAGCUGGCUUUUGGAUUAGGGCUGCUGACGCGAUGAGGCUGAGCGGCUUCCUUUACUUCUUUUUGGCCAAGUACACUGUUUGUGCCCGUUUGACAUUGCAGCUCAGGCUGCGGCGUUUUGCAAUGUUGCCUAAAGGGCAUAUGAUUUCACAUGAGGCAAAACGUUUGAUGACUGAAAGCAAGAAAGGGGCCUGGGUGGUGAACACCAUAGUGUUCACCAACCAG